GACCCUGAGCGGGAAGAUGGCGGCGGCGCAGGAGGCAGACGGAACCGGCAGCGCCGUGGUGGCGGCCGGGGGAGGCGGCUCCGGUCAGGUGACCAGCAAUGGCAGCAUCGGGAGGGACCCGCCGGCCGAGACCCAGCCUCCGAACCCCCCACCCCAGCCCGCCCCCAAUGCCUGGCAGGUCAUCAAGGGCGUGCUGUUCAGAAUCUUCAUCAUCUGGGCCAUCAGCAGCUGGUUCCGCCGAGGGCCGGCCCCUCAGGACCAAGCGGGCCCCGGAGGAGCCCCACGUGUCGCCAGCCGCAACCUGUUCCCCAAAGACACUUUAAUGAACCUGCACGUGUACAUCUCCGAGCACGAGCACUUCACCGACUUCAACGCCACCUCGGCCCUCUUCUGGGAGCAGCACGACCUUGUGUACGGGGACUGGACCAGUGGGGAGAAGGCGGACGGCUGCUACGAGCACUUUGCUGAGCUCGAUAUCCCCCAGAGCGUCCAGCAGAACGGCUCCAUCUACAUCCACGUGUACUUCACCAAGAGCGGCUUCCAUCCAGACCCCCGGCAGAAGGCCCUGUACCGUCGGCUUGCCACAGUGCACAUGUCUCGAAUGAUCAACAAAUACAAACGCCGGAGAUUCCAGAAAACCAAGAACCUCCUCACGGGAGAGACGGAAGCUGACCCGGAAAUGAUCAAGAGGGCCGAGGACUAUGGACCUGUGGAGGUGAUCUCCCACUGGCACCCCAACAUCACCAUCAACAUCGUGGAUGACCACACGCCGUGGGUGAAGGGCAGCGUGCCACCCCCUCUGGACCAGUAUGUGAAGUUUGAUGCGGUGAGUGGGGACUACUACCCCAUCAUUUACUUCAACGACUACUGGAACCUCCAGAAGGAUUACUACCCCAUCAACGAGAGCCUGGCCACCCUGCCGCUGCGCGUCUCCUUCUGCCCGCUCUCGCUCUGGCGCUGGCAGCUCUAUGCUGCGCAGAGCACGAAGUCUCCCUGGAACUUCCUGGGCGAUGAGCUGUAUGAGCAGUCCGAUGAGGAGCAGGACUCCGUGAAGGUUGCCCUCCUGGAGACCAACCCCUACCUGUUGGCACUCACCAUCAUUGUGUCCAUCGUCCACAGCGUCUUUGAGUUCCUGGCCUUCAAGAAUGACAUCCAGUUCUGGAACAGCCGGCAGUCCCUGGAGGGCUUGUCCGUGCGCUCCGUCCUCUUUGGCGUCUUCCAGUCCUUCGUGGUUCUCCUGUACAUCCUGGACAACGAGACCAACUUCGUGGUGCAGGUCAGCGUCUUCAUCGGGGUUCUCAUUGACCUCUGGAAGAUCACCAAGGUCAUGGAUGUCCGGCUGGACCGGGAGCACAGGGUGGCAGGACUCUUCCCCCGCCCCACCUUCAAAGACAAGUCCACAUACGUUGAGUCCUCAACCAAAGUGUAUGAUGACAUGGCAUUCCGGUACCUGUCCUGGACCCUCUUUCCACUGCUGGGCUGCUAUGCCAUCUACAGCCUCCUGUACCUGGAGCACAAGGGCUGGUACUCCUGGGUGCUGAGCAUGCUGUACGGCUUCCUGCUGACCUUUGGCUUCAUCACCAUGACGCCCCAGCUGUUCAUCAACUACAAGCUCAAGUCCGUGGCGCACUUGCCGUGGCGCAUGCUGACCUACAAGGCCCUCAACACCUUCAUCGACGACCUAUUCGCCUUUGUCAUCAAGAUGCCCGUCAUGUACCGGAUCGGCUGCCUGCGGGACGAUGUGGUUUUCUUCAUCUACCUCUACCAACGGUGGAUCUACCGCGUUGAUCCCACCCGUGUGAACGAGUUUGGCAUGAGUGGGGAGGAUGUGUCGGCGGCGGCACCUGUGGCUGAGGCGCCCACGGCUGCAGAGGUGCCCACGGCUGCAGAGGAGAUGCCCAUGGCAGUAGAGGCGCCCAUGGCUGCAGAGGAGAUGCCCACAGCAGUAGAGGCACCCACAGCUGCAGAGGAGAUGCCCACGGCAAUAGAGGCACCCAUGGCUGCAGAGGAGAUGCCCACGGCAGGAGAGGCGCCCACGGCUGCAGAGGAGAUGCCCACGGCAGGAGAGGCGCCCACGGCUGCAGAGGAGAUGCCCACAACUGCAGAGCAUACACCCACGGCUGCAGAGGUGCCCACGGCUGCAGAGGUGCCCACAGCAGCAGAGGCCCUCACACCUGUGUCCAGCAUACCUGUCACCGGAGAGGACACCUCCCCACCCCCCAAUGUCAGCCCUGGGGAAAACACCACCAGCCAGCUCCAGGAAGCCCCUCCAAAGUCAGCAGAGGACAAGAAAAAGGAUUAGCCACUCAAAUCCUCGUUGCUCCCGGUGACUGCCAACCGCGUCCCUGGCCCCUCACCCCCUCCCUGUUGCCCUCUCCCUGGACAGAUCGGGCCAGGGCGGCGGUAAGGCCCCCUUGGGCCUGGGCCCAAUAUGUGAGAUGGGGGCUCGGCAUGUGAGAUGGGGCCAGGCAGGCCAGGGCUCAGUUGUGUGUGGAGGCAUUGUCCAUUUGUCUGUCUGUCCGUCUGUCCAUCUGUCCAUCCAUCUGUCCGUCUAUCCCUGUUUCCAGACAUCUCACCCUACCAGCCCAACACCAUCGGGAUGUGUGGUGAAGCCAAUGAGCGCUGCCAAGGGUGGGUCAGGCGGAGGAGGGGCUGGGGCUUCUCUGUGGGACACCUGCGGUCACCUAUCAUCUUGUUCCUGGUCCCUGACUGCCCCCACCCAGACCGCCGCCCUCGCACACAGUCUGGAUUUAAUAAAUUCAUAUGGGUGUUUGACUUAAGCUCAA